AGUUUGAGAGUAUACAUGGAUUUGUAAUGACUGCACUUUAAGUUGCUGCAACCACUUUUUUGUUAGAAUAGUCUUGAUUACAGGAGUUCUGCUAUGGAUGUGCGGUGGAAAAGGCUCCACUUGCUGUUUUUUCUGACUUUUUGGAAACAUGCUGUUGGACGUGAAAGUUUGGAUUUUGAAAGUGUUCAUCCACGUAGCUUGCAUUUCCUUAAGACCUAUUCACCUCCGGAAGUCCAGUCUUCUAUGUUGAAUGCUUCAGUGACUAGGAAUAUUCCUCAUGAAGAAGUUGACUCUAAUGUGCUUCGAGGAAAUGGCACGGGUCCCAGCACAUCUUUAUUCUCUUAUCUACAGUUUAUUAAAGAGGGUGCUCCUAGCGGAUAUGCAUCUUUGUCUCAAGCCCAAAGUGCAUCAAGUAGCUCUGUUUCUACGUCUCUGACCGCACCACAAAAUCCAUCCCAACCAGGCAGUUUUUCUACAUUGUUUCAAGUCCAAGGCUCCUCCGCUUCAAAUGUUAUGGCUGGACAGUCUGUUAGUGGCAUAGGUUACAAUCAAUAUGACUCCACAUCUAAGGACAGCACUGGACUGAACACUGGAGGGUCUAUUCAACUUGUUUCUUCAACGGGAGGAAGUGGCUUAUCUCAAAGUAGCUUUAGUCAGUAUGUCCCAGGCUCUUCUCCACUUAGUUAUUCACCCACUGUUCUUAGCCAGUCUGGUAGUAAAACCUUGAAUACAAGUUCUCAGAGCAGCUCUGGCACACUCAUGGGAGGGUUGUCAAGCCGGUUGUUUACUUUGACUUCUCAGGGUAGUUCUAGACCACAAGUUACACAGGGAGGCAGUACCAGUUUCAGUGGUUUGUUCCAACAGUCUCCAAGUAAAAGUCAGUCUUCCCCUACAUAUUCUCAUCCUGGUUCUUUACCCCUAGCUGGCUCUAGAUACCCCACAAGUUCCCAGAGCUUGUUUAGUUCAGGUUCCCAAGGUAGCUCUAGUUAUCAGUUGGCACCUUCCCGUCCAUCUGGCCUAGCACAAGGAUCUAGUAGUCAACCUGGUGUCUCAUAUGUGCAGUCUCAGGGCAGACUAGGUCAAUUAGCUAUUGGUUCUCCCCAGUAUGGAAGUGUGUCUCUGGCAUCACCUCAGGUCCCUCAAAACUGGCUGCCUUCUGCUUCUAGUUUCUCCCCUGGUAGUCAGACCUCUGGUACAGUUGUGUCACAAAGCAGCUAUUCCCCUCAAAGUGCCCCAGCUCCUAGUAAGCCUUUAUCAUCUGUAGGACGCCCUAGUCAAGUUGCCCCUGGUUUGCUGUAUCCAAGUGCAUCUCUGGCAGCACCUCAGGUCCCUCAAAAAUGGCUGCCUUCUAGUUUCUCCCCUGGUAGUCAGACCUCUGGUACAGUUGUGUCACAAAGCAGCUAUUCCCCUCAAAGUGCCCCAGCUCCUAGUAAGCCUUUAUCAUCUGUAGGACGCCCUAGUCAAGUUGCCCCUGGUUUGCUGUAUCCAAGUGCAUCUCUGGCAGCACCUCAGGUCCCUCAAAAAUGGCUUCCUUCUAGUUUCUCCCCUGGUAGUCAGACCUCUGGUACAGUUGUGUCACAAAGCAGCUAUUCCCCUCAAAGUGCCCCAGCUCCUAGUAAGCCUUUAUCAUCUGUAGGACGCCCUAGUCAAGUUGCCCCUGGUUUGCUGUAUCCAAGUGCAUCUCUGGCAGCACCUCAGGUCCCUCAAAAAUGGCUUCCUUCUAGUUUCUCCCCUGGUAGUCAGACCUCUGGUACAGUUGUGUCACAAAGCAGCUAUUCCCCUCAAAGUGCCCCAGCUCCUAGUAAGCCUUUAUCAUCUGUAGGACGCCCUAGUCAAGUUGCCCCUGGUUUGCUGUAUCCAAGUGCAUCUCUGGCAGCACCUCAGGUCCCUCAAAAAUGGCUUCCUUCUAGUUUCUCCCCUGGUAGUCAGACCUCUGGUACAGUUGUGUCACAAAGCAGCUAUUCCCCUCAAAGUGCCCCAGCUCCUAGUAAGCCUUUAUCAUCUGUAGGACGCCCUAGUCAAGUUGCCCCUGGUUUGCUGUAUCCAAGUGCAUCCCUGGCAGCACCUCAGAUCCCUCAAAAAUGGCUUCCUUCUAGUUUCUCCCCUGGUAGUCAGACCUCUGGUACAGUUGUGUCACAAAGCAGCUAUUCCCCUCAAAGUGCCCCAGCUCCUAGUAAGCCUUUAUCAUCUGUAGGACGCCCUAGUCAAGUUGCCCCUGGUUUGCUGUAUCCAAGUGCAUCUCUGGCAGCACCUCAGGUCCCUCAAAAAUGGCUUCCUUCUAGUUUCUCCCCUGGUAGUCAGACCUCUGGUACAGUUGUGUCACAAAGCAGCUAUUCCCCUCAAAGUGCCCCAGCUCCUAGUAAGCCUUUAUCAUCUGUAGGACGCCCUAGUCAAGUUGCCCCUGGUUUGCUGUAUCCAAGUGCAUCUCUGGCAGGACCUCAGGUCCCUCAAAACUGGCUGCCUUCUGCUUCUAGUUUCUCCCCUGGUAGUCAGACCUCUGGUACAGUUGUGUCACAAAGCAGCUAUUCCCCUCAAAGUGCCCCAGCUCCUAGUAAGCCUUUAUCCUCUGUAGGACUUCCUAGUCAAGUUGCCCCUGGUUUGCUCUCAAGUGCAUCUAUGGCUUCACCUCCAAAUGUUUUGUGCCAGUAUAAAGCUGCUGAAAGCGUUAACUCCAUGUCCCAGCCUCAGCCAUUUCAAAGAUUACAGCCUUCUGUUUCUAUGUCAUCCCCAAGUAUUCAGACCUCUAGCACAGUGCUAUCGCAUGGCAGCUCUCUAUUUGACACUGUUAAGACUCCCAGUAGCUUCUCCCCUUCCCCAGCUGGAGGUCCUAGUCCACUAGUUUCCACACAGAGGGUAGGCAGUUACAGUGGUAGUCCAUAUAUUGCUGGGUCCUCUGCAUAUUCCAAACUCGUUUCCUCAUUAGGGGCACCUAGCCUUUUUACCAGUGCUCAGAGCUCUCCUGGCUUUGCUACAUCAAGCCUUCAGGGUAGUGCUGGUACUGCACAGACAGUUUCAGGUCGUUAUGUAGCUCCACAGAAAGUGGGUACAUCUACCUUCAGUUCAUCUCUUCAGUCUCCAGUUGCCUCAAGCCAAUAUGGCCCUGCACCUUCCCUGGAUGCUAAAGUACCAGUUUACAGCCAAGCCCCCCCUGCUGGGACCAUGUAUCAGAGCCAGCCAUCUCCAUUUUGGCAGCCUGCCUCUAAGGCUAUGGAUGGCAGUGUUUCAACAUCUGGUGCAGCUGUGUUGCAGAGCAGCUCAUCUUCCCAACGUGUUCCAGCUCCCAGUAGGUUUUCCUUAGCUGGAGGUGCUAGCUACCCUGCUUCACCACAGGGAAGUGGUACUGACAGUGGUUUGUCUCUCUAUCCAGGCGCUGUUCAGCAGUACACCCCUGUGUCCCCUGCUUCUGGCAUGUUUGGUUCCUCUCCCCUUAGUGUUUCUAGUCAAUCUGCCAGUAGUCAGAGCUCUCCCAGCCAGCACGCAUCACUCUCCCCAAGCAGGACUGGCAGUCUUCUAACAUCAAGUGGUUAUCUCUCUGUACAAGGAAGUGGCUCUUCUAAUGGCUCCUCUCUCUUGACCCAAGGCACUUUUGGUAAAUACACCCCUGUACCCUCAAUGGAUACACGUUUGCCAAUGUUUAGUCAGACUAAAGCUGUUUCAAGUGGUGUUUCCCUGUCUCAAAGCAAACCACUUCAAAGUUGGCAGCCUUCAGCCAGUGGGUGGCAUCAAGUUGUUCAGGCCUCUGGUUCAGCAGCAUUACAGAGUGGGUCUUCUCAAAGUGCUCAAACAUCUGGUAGUGUUUCCUUCCAGCCAGCCUCAAGUGCUCCUGUGGAUUCUGUGGCCCAAAGUGGUCAGACUUCUGUUUCUCGGCAGACCUCUAGUCUCCUUGGGUUUGGUUCAAGGCCUUCAAGACUCCUGUCUAUAGCAUCUUCUGGCUCUGUGAGUAACCAAAUGUCUCCUGGUCUCUCUGCCUCACUUAAACUGCCCACAGGUUCCAUGACUCCAGGCUCAACUGCCCCAGGUGUGUCUGUUUCAUCCCAAGCUCAACCCCUCACUGACCCUGUUAAAUAUGAUGCUACUGUUGGAGGUCAAGGAAUGUCCAGUGGCUUAUCAUCAGUGCUCUACAGUCGCUAUGGUUCCUCUAGCCAAAGUGGUCCAGUUUCUGGAUCUGCAGGUAGCCAAGUGUCACCUAGUCUAUUUGCUUCUCUUAAACUGCCCACAGGUUCCAUGACUCCAGGCUUAACUGCCCCAGGUGUGUCUGUUUCAUCCCAAGCUCAACCCCUCACUGACCCUGUUAAAUAUGGUGCCAGUGUUGGAGGUCAAGGAAUGUCCAGUGGCUUAUCAGUGCUCUACAGUCGCUAUGGUUCCUCUAGCCAAAGUGGUCCAGUUUCUGGCUCUGCAGGUAGCCAAGUGUCACCUAGUCUAUUUGCUUCACUUAAACUGCCCACAGGUUCCAUAACUCGAGGAUCAACUGUCCAAACAGCUUCAGGAGGGAUGUCUUCUGCUCCACCCCAAGCUCUCGGUGACACUUAUGGUUCAAGUGUUGGUCAAGGAAUGUCUAGUGGCUCAGUGUCCAGUGGCUUAACAUCAGUCUCAAGUAGCUAUGGUUCCUCCUAUGGCCAGAAUUAUCCACUUUCUAAGCCAUCACAGGGUUCCUUUAGCCAAUACAAUGCAGUCAAGGGCUGAAAGCCUGUUUUGUGCAUGUUGCAACACUCAAACUUGUUUUUUAGAGUAUUGAAUAAAUGUUUUGAGAAUA